AUGAAGGAAAUUGGUAGCUCAGCAACGACUGUAAAAGAAGCGAAAGCGGACGAGAAGGUCAAAGCAUAUUUGGAUGCUGGUCUGAAGCGAGCCAACACCCGCGCUACGUCACGUGCACAGAACGUGGCCAAAUAUACUGUGCUUGACCACGAGUUCUCUGUCAGUGGCAAUGAGCUGACACCGACGCUUAAGCUCAAGCGUAAGGUCGUCGCCGUUUGCGCUGGUCUCUUUCAUAUCGAUACGUUGUCCAUUGUGCACGUCUUUACACCGGGAAUGAUUCGCUUGUCGCGCGCACUAGCAGCGGCACAUGUGCCGACGACCCAAAAUACAUUUUCACAUUUUACUUUGCUCGCCUAUGCUUGCAUUUGA